AGGCUUUAUGUGGCAACAUCACGUCAACUACAACGUCUGGAGUCAAUCAGUAGAUCACCAAUUUAUUCCCAUUUCUUUGAAACUAUCAAUGGUGUUAGUACAAUACGAGCGUUUGGCGUACAACAACGCUUCAUCUCGUUAAAUGAUGUGAAUGUGGACGAAAAUUCUAUGGUGAAAUAUCCAGUCAUUCUGAUACACAGGUAUAGAAUGAUAACGGUUUUUGUUAUAGAUUUAAGGCUUUUUUAUUUCUACCCAUGCACCUAUAUACGGGUGCCUAUUAGCGAUAAUGCAACCCUUGUGGUUGUUUGAGCACUCUGACCCCAUUAUACACUCCCCGUUGUACCACAUGCCUUGGUGAGAGCAAGUUCAUGUGAUAUAAAUACGAAUGUCUCACAUCGUAUCUAGACGUGUACCAAGCUGCACUGCACGAAUGCAUCUAGACGUGUACCAAGCUGCACUGACGAGACGUAGAACGCCGAAACAUGCGUGUCUGCACUCUGCAGGUUAUACUAUCAAUCAAUUAACGCUUUAAGCAUUCGAGUUAAGCCCCGCGUGUAUACUCGCAAAAUCAUUCGCAUAUUUAUAAGAUUUUAUAAAUAGAGGAAUUUUAUAAAUAAAACAAAACAACAUAUAGAGUCGCGUUGAGGUUGUACGAAGGCUAGUAGUAGUAAUAUAGGUACCGUUCGACCCUUAUUUUUGAGGGUGCGUAAGGGUGCGUAAGGGUGCGCUAAUUAAUAUUCAUACAAAUGAGGGUGCGUAAGGAUGUUGAGGGUGCGCUAAUUAAUACUCGUACAAAUGAGGGUGCGUAGUGACGUCACUCAUUAACAUACGUCAUAAUUAUAUGCAAUGACGUCACGCGGGCGAGCUUAAACACGAUCGGGCGAAACUUGCUGACUACGCAUUUUUUAGCGUCCCCCACGUUUAUGAUACAAUUGAGAGAUUAAGAUUGGUUUGCUAUGAUUGGUUGUUUGAUUUAACGAGCGUCUGUAUAAAAUCGACAAGCGUCUUGUAACAAGCAUAGUUCUGCAUUAGUUCUACAUCAGUCAUGGAGUGUCUACACGGAAAAGCUGCUGCCUCUACAACUACAAACAAUGGUACAUUUUGGUUUUGUGGGGAAAAACCAAGCUGUGAGUUCUUUUGCCCGGACGAAAAUUGUUAUAUGUAUACGAGAGCUGUAGCUGCGUUUCGUGCAAGUGGUUCUAUACAUCCCGUAUGUCCUACACAUCAGAAAUAUGCCAAGUUAUGUGUGGUCAAAGACACAAUGAAAGAUAACUACGGACGACCCUUCUUCGUAUGUUCUGAGCGAAAGAAUCCCUGCAAGUUCUGGCAAUGGGGAGACGUGUUCGAAGGUCCAAGACCGUUAUGUCAACAUGGAAUGGUGUGCUGUGAACGAAAAGUCAAGAAAGAUGGUCCGAAUCAAAACCGUCUGUUUUACUGCUGUCCGAAGGACGACUCUUGUGGUUUCUUCGAAUGGAAGCAACAAGGCCCUCGGGUGACCAACACUGGCAUCGUGCUCUUCAGUAAUCCACUACAAUACCAGUACAUGAUUGAAGAAACAGGAGAGACAUUUAAUAGUUCUAAAUCUAACACUAAGGAGGCCUAUGAUGAAUUUCGUAGAUUUGGUUUAACAAGUGAACUUGAUAAAAUAGACCUCUUGUAA